AUGGGAGAUAAACAUCAAUGGACCAAUGAGCAAUUAAAAUGCUUAGUGGAUACUUGUAUUGAAGAAGUAGAGAGUGUUGGUAGAAAAGGAUUGAGUUUGCAGAAAGAUUCAUGGAUAAGGCUUGGAAGAGUUCUUAAGGAAAAAUUUGGCAUUGACUUGAGUCAAAAACAAAUGAAAAAUGCAUAUGACAAUCUGAAAGCCAAAUACACAAGAUGGGGGCAUCCAAAGGCUGCUUCGUUGAAAACAAUGCCACUGCCUUUUCCAGAUAUUUGUGCUCGUCUUUUUGAUGGAAAUAGUGCCACCGGUAAUUUUAGGAGUUACUCAACCCAAUCAUCUUCAGUAGCUGGAGCAUCCUCUUGUCGUCUUCCACCACUUCAGAUUACCGCCACCCCUUUUCUUGCAUUAGAUGAUAAUGGUGAUGACACUUCUCAUCAUGCUAGUGAGACUUUUCAUGAGGCUAAACCCUCAACUCCUAAAGCUCCUAGUACCUCACCGUCUGCUUCUUCACCGGAUGGAACUUCUGUUACUGCUGACGAUUUAGCAUUUGAAAUGAAAAAAGCUCUACAAAGUUUGACUAAAGGGUAUACAAUUCCUCAAUGUUUAGAGAAAUUAGAGGUGCUACAGUUAGGCCCUACAGAGCCUUUACGCUUUGUUGCAUAUCAUAUUUUUGGUGGGACUAUGAACAUGAGAGAGAUGUGGAUGCAUUUUCCCGAUGUUCCCGAGAUAUUACGAGGAUGGCUUGAGAUGACGGGUACAAGUUUAGGAGUUUUGAAGGACGGAAAGAUUGUCCGAUGA